AUGUGUGGGCGGUCCAGUAUCGUAUGUUUGAUGCUCGGUUCUUGGGCGGGUGGUGUUGAUGGGGUCAAGUUGCCUGGUUCUAUUGGUCUUUAUAGGGAUAUUAUGUCUGUUAAUACGGCCCGUGGUGGGGAGGGGAAGACUGUUGAGGUUGGGCUUGAGCCUGAAGGCGAAGUAGAAAGUAAGGGCUGUGAUGGGUUGGAUGAAGAUGAUCAGAAGAGUCUUGAGAUGGAAGAGUAUGAGAAGAGGUUGGAGCAGGCCAUUGAAAGCUCUGAGAAGGCCCCUGUGCAUUUCCCACAGUGA